AUGGCAUCUCCAUCAACUUUCACUACUCUUGCUCUAUGCUUUCUCAUGACCACAGCUGUUUCCUUUGCUAAUAAAUUCAAUGACGAAUUUGACAUAAUAUGGGGAAACGAUCACGCCAAAUAUCUUGAUAAUGGUGAGACAGUGACUCUCACACUUGACAGUGUCACAGGUUCAGGAUUCCAAUCCAAGUCAGAAUUCCUUUAUGGGAAAAUCGAUAUGCAGAUUAAACUUGUUCCUGGAGAUUCUGCAGGAACUGUUACAGCCUACUACUUGAAGUCAGAAGGUACCUCAUGGGACGAGGUGGAUUUUGAGUUCUUGGGUAAUGUAAGUGGUGAUCCUUACACUAUGCACACAAAUGUAUACUGUCAAGGAAAAGGUGAUAGAGAGCAACAAUUUCACUUGUGGUUUGAUCCCACUACUGAUUUCCAUAAAUAUUCAAUCCUUUGGAAUCCCAAGACCAUUAUUUUCUCUGUGGACGAUAUUGCUGUGAGGGAAUUCAAAAACAUGGAGUUCAAAGGGAUACCAUUUCCUAAGAGUCAACCAAUGAGAUUAUACUCGAGCAUUUGGAAUGCUGAUGAUUGGGCUACAAGAGGGGGUCAGGUGAAGACAGACUGGAGUAAAGCUCCAUUCAUCACUAGCUACAGGAAUUUCAGCUCUGAUGCAUGUGUUUUGUCUGGGGGUUAUAACUCAUGUGGAUCAUGGAUGGCUACAAAGAACUGGUUCUCUGAAGUAUUGGACAUUCAGAGUAGAGAAAAGAUGGAAUCGGUACAAAACAACUUCAUGAUCUAUAACUAUUGCACAGAUUAUCAACGAUUCCCCCAAGGUCUUCCUCAAGAGUGCUAUGUUUCUGGCCCAUGAUCA